AUGAAUAUACGUCAGGAAUCGUGGACUCGGGACACUUAUUUCCGAGCUGCUACAAAUCUGUGCGCAAAUGUUUUGAAAGAAAUUCGUCGCCAAGAGGAUGCAUUUUGUUCUAAAAAUGCUGUGUUUGAACAAAAGCUAGAGCUCGAUCGUCAGCAGUUCCUAUCUCGGCUUCAUCGACAAAGUUAUGGCAGCAUUCACGAGGGCGAUGAAAAUGGUGUCAAUGCGAAUGAUAUGGGAUUACGUUGUGCAGUGGAAGAAAGUCUUUAUCAAGAAGAUGAAGAAAAGUAUCGCAUUGAGUUCAUUUCAGAUCUUCAACACGAGCUGCCGCUUGCCUUUCUUAACGAUGAAAUAGAGUUAGAAUUGAAGUGUAACCUUCAUAAGCUACUCCGCGAGAAGUUGUGCGCAAUCGCCCUGGUGCGCGAAGAGGAGUCUAAGAUACCAAGCAGACAGCGGCCAGCAGCGGCGCAUGCGUCUAACUUUUCCAUAUUGACGAGUUGUAAAGCAUGUCAAGCUUCUAUACCCAAAAGUAAUGUAAUCAAGCCGGAAAUCGAACUCGCGGUGGAUCCAUGCCUGACCACUCUCCCUUGCCCGGCGCAACCGUUGCAACCAUCUGGGCCUCCCGUGGAGGUGGGACAUAAGGUAAAAGUCACCCAAUCCUCCCUAUUGGCCGCGUCCGAUGGCAACAUAGUGCAGAAGGGGAGUGACCGCGAUGUCCUUCCCGCCGACCGCCAUCGUCGGGAUCAAGAGCAACCUCUUGGACCUGGCGCAGUUUGGGUACCCCUUCCCAUCGGGGCCGAGUCUCUUGUUCAUUACUCCACUCCCACGGUUCGUGGGUUGUCCUGGAGCGGGGCACAACUUGACAGGCCCAAUGACACCAUUCAGAUUAAAAAAACGAAAAGUAGAAGACUGGAGGGUCCAAACAAACAGCUCGACAAACUUAAACCCCACAAAGUAGCCCACUCCUCCCGUUGGGCUUCGUGCGGAAUGGAGACUUUCAGUUUGGGGAGCUUUGAUAUAAAUCAAGGAAUCACAGAAUCUAUCACAAUCCCAGCUGCGAUGUCAUCUUUGAGUACCUCGAUAACGCUACCAAGCCCCUUUGAAGGGAAUGCUGAUGAAAGCGAAGGGACGGAGAACCUGCCAAAGUGGUUAGCCAAAAUGAUGGCAACGGUACCCCAUGCAAGGGUAUCCUUGUUAACAUUAAGGUUUAUACAUAAGGCACUUCAGUCUGAGGCAUUGCAUAAAUGCCACUUUUUCGCAUACCGGAGAGGUCUCCUACGAGGUAAGCUCACAGAAAUGUUCACUAAACGUGACACUAAGCAAAGAGAUGCACGAAUUAAUGACAACGAAAUUGAACACAGCGUUGCGGUGUCAUCUAGUCUUGAUGGCAAACGCGUGUUGCCAUCCGACGAACUACGCAUUUGUGCCCUCGCUGUUGAGAGUGUUCAAGGGCCAAUAGAAACAGAAGACAAUCUGCACGACCCACAGCGUCGAUUUCACCAGCUAGUACUGGAGGAAAACGCGUACAAAAAAAUAUUCCGUGGCGAGUUAGAGCUCGCAGAUCGCCUACUAAAUGGGGAACGGUGCACACAUGGUCUUCAUCAUUCUAACGGCAUAACGACUAAGCAUGGUACAGUAUAUAUGGCUGAUUGUCGAGAAAAUGGCUGCAUGAAUGUCGAUGGUAGUGUAGACUCUGAUGGUCCUGUCCAGACGCGACUCAGUAAUGAUGAGUCAAGUAAGUAUCUAUGUGAUGGUAACUCUUUACAGCAAGGUGGUGCGGAUAGGGAAGGGCAUUACACGGUCUCUCUAUUUAGUAGGGAUUUGCCUCGACUUAUUGGAGAGACUGUGAAUGCAUUGAAUCGAGACGUGCUGUGGACUCAGAGAGAGGGGGAGUAUGUGAUUAUCCAACUUGAAUCCGAAGAGCUUAACAAAGACGAGGUAAUUUUGUGCCAUUCGUACGCUAAUCCCACUUUUUCGCACCGGAGUGAUGUCGAUGAGAGAAAUCAAGAGCUAGGAUGGUUCAGAAGAGAAGUGCAGCGCUACCUCUGGCCUGCAGAAUUAGAGGAACGCAUUGGACAUAGUUUGCACGGCUAUGUGCGCCCCUCAAACAAGAGCUGGUGUCCUAUCAUUUCACGAACGGGGACCACAAAGGCUUAUUGUAAACAAAAAGUCGACACUGAUAUCUUACCAAAAAUGUCUGCUACUAAUACUGAGACUAAAGUAUCUUUUGGAAAUAAUUAUCAUGAAGAAAGUAUGGAGUGGGAGACAAAUGUAAGAAGUGGGUGCGCGGGCAUUCGUAGUCAACCUUCACAAGCUCAUGGGGCUGAAUUAGAUAAGCUCCUAUCAAACGCGUCGUGUGUGGCACCGAAGCUCCCAUGGAGAGGGAUGCGGGCGAUACUAUCAGUUCGCGGGGCCGGAGAUCUCAUGGCGUCGGAAGUGACCUUCUCGACAUUCUGGGAUGGAGAAAUUUAA